AUGGAUUCUGGUCCGGAAAACCCUAAUUACUCUCCGGAGCCUCUGCCGUUUCCGAAGAGGCCUGCCCUAAGAAUUACGACUGAGUUUGAUAGUGAAAGCACCAUUUUCUUCCACAAAAUUUCUUGCAAGUUUUUGGACAGCCUUGCCAAGUUAAAGUUAGCUUUUCAUAAUAACAGUAAAGGAGAGAUCGCUGAGCCUCAGAUCAGUUUCGUAUCCAAGUAUCUCAGUCUCCACUACGACCUUGAAGAUCACAGUGCUAUCGUUAACAGUUCCAUUGACGUGGGUCCAAAAUUGAAACUCAUUGGUACUCACGAUGUCAAGGCUCAACAAGGAGAGGUUACAAUGGUUGCAAACCUUGAUAACCCUGGAUAUGCACUUCAACUAUCAACACUUCUUCCCUCCACUCGAUUGCCCAAAGCAACCUUCAAAUUUCCUCAAGGUGAAAUUUCUUUACAAGAGAAGGAGAAGGAGAAGGAGGAGCAACAAGUCCAAUAUUCCUUGUCAGUCACUGGAACUCUUCAAUCUCAAUUUUUCAAGGGUCUCUGCACUGCUCACUACAAGGAUGAAGAAUUCAAGUUAAGAUAUCGCUACAAGGACGAUGAAAUGUCAUUUCUUCCAAUACUUUCUCUCCCUUCAAAGGAUUUCUCAUUUGCCUUCAAGCGAAGGUUUGCUCCUUCUCACAAGUUAAGUUACUGGUACAAUUGUGAUUCCAACGAUUGGAGUGCUGUCUACAAGCAUACCUAUGGUGAAGAUUUCAAAUUUAAAGCUGGUUAUGAUUCAGAGGUUCGCCUUGGCUGGGCAUCCCUUUGGGUUGGAGAUGAAGGCGGGAAAGCAAAAACAGCUCCGAUGAAGAUGAAAGUUCAAUUCAUGCUUCAAGUGCCACAAGAUGACAUAAAAUCUUCAGUAUUAAUGUUUCGGGUUAAGAAGAGAUGGGACAUUUAA